AUGCCAAUUGGAAAUAUAAUCAAAAAGGCAUCCAGCUUAAUACUUGGCGACGAGAAGUCAAGUGAAAAAAUCGAUAUGGUCUACGAAGACAACGAAAUGCUUUUCUGCAAAAACAAUGUGUGCCUUCAUCCGCCAACAGUGGCACGCAAAGAGUCCGAUAUUGUACAUUAUCCUGGUUAUUUGACGUGCACAACAAAGACAUUUAUUGACCAGUACAACAGGGCAAAGCGGCCUACAUUAUUGCUCACGUGGAUACCCAAUUCCUCUUUGUGCAAAUGCUCACACUCAAAUAUGGAAAUACGUGUAAACUCCGAGCAUAAAUCUUCAGAAGGCAGUGGGCAGGGCAUACGAGGCGAUGAUGAGAACACAGCCGAUAUGCAGGAUCUUAAAAAUGAGUUGCAGCCGCUUCUCGGCGGACAAACUGCAGCCAUCGAUAAUUUGGCAGCCCUGCUGAAAAAAAAUCCCAUUACUUCGGUAAACAUAACAAUCUCCAAUCCCCAAAUUGAGAACACAAAUAUACCACAGUCCUACAAUUGUAUUGUGGUAGAUCCCGAUAGGGAAAGCAGCGACAAUGGAUGUCAAGGACAACUAAACUCUGAUGGGUCAGCGUCGGAUGACAAUAAUCCGAAUUGGAUGACACCUGAACUAUUGGCCUUUAAGCAUAACUUGGUGUUUCCGGAUAGUGCGAAUGCUACGCCUACAGUACGCCGAAAGGCGGUGAUGAAAUGCCGCCGCUUUUCAGUCGAUUUGAGCCAAAUGCGGUCGUUAAGAUUGUUUUUUAACGACGACAAAUGCACAUCCGGUCAGUUAGUUAUAGCAUCAAGGGAGUCGCAGUACAAGAUACUACACUUCCAUUACGGUGGGCUAGACCAUUUGGCCCAGGUGUUACACCAGUGGCACUGUUUUUUGCACAAUAUUACGUUAGCACCGGGUCAGGAAAAACAAAAUUUGCCGUACAGGCAUUUUAUGGUUUGUCGACCCGAAGUUAAGAAAUCGGAAAUGCACCCAGAUGAGGGUAAUGUAAAAAAGAUAACCACCAACUUCUUCUACGGAACGCUGUUGAACGAGAAAGGACAAAUUGAAGAUGACUUACUCCUGCGCAAGUGCGUCUUUUUUGGUGGUCUAGAGAAGAGCUUGCGGAAGACUGUCUGGCCUUUCUUGCUGAAGAGCUAUUCAUUCUCUUCGACGUUUGAGGACAGAGCCUUGCUUAUGGAUAUCAAACGACAGGAAUACCAGGAAAUAACAAGCAAGCGUUUUUAUUCGAUGUCGCCAGAAGAGCAGGUCCAUUUUUGGAAGACGGUGCAGAGUGUGGUAGAAAAAGAUGUUGUACGUACUGAUCGAUCGAAUCCAUUCUUUUGUGGCGACCAAAAUCCUAACACGGAAAUCAUGAAAAACAUUUUAUUGAAUUAUGCUGUGUACAACUAUAACUCUGGCAUAUCCUACACUCAGGGUAUGAGUGAUCUAUUAGCGCCGGUAUUGUGUGAAGUUCAAAACGAAUCGGAGACUUUUUGGUGCUUUGUAGGGCUAAUGCAACGUGCAUUUUUUGUGUGCACGCCCUCCGACAUUGACCAAACUCUUAGCUACUUGCGCGAGUUGAUUCGAAUUAUGCUCCCAGCUUUCUUUGCACACCUGCAGCAGCAUGAAGCCAUGGAACUACUCUUCUGCCAUCGCUGGCUAUUGCUUUGCUUCAAGCGCGAAUUCACAGAAGCCGUAGUCAUCCGCAUGUGGGAGGCUUGCUGGUCAAAUUAUCUCACGGACUACUUUCAUUUGUUUCUCUGUCUUGCUAUUAUAGCCGUAUACGCUGAUGACGUAAUUGCCCAGAAUUUACGAACUGAUGAGAUGCUGCUGCAUUUUAGCUCUUUGGCGAUGUAUAUGGAUGGGCAACUCAUUUUACGAAAAGCUCGUGGAAUGUUACAUCAAUACCGCCUGUUACCCAAAAUUCCUUGCACUUUGAGUGGUCUGUGCAAGCGAUGUGGACCUGGCAUGUGGGACUCGGAGCACCGUCCUGCUUUACAAUGUGUCGGGCAUAUGGAUGACGAAAAGUGUACCUUAGCUAUGGACUAGUUAACCAAAUCAAAUAUAUAUGCAUAUAUAACCAUAAUAAUUAUCCAAUAUUAACUGCUUUUUAAUAAACUGAAUUUAAUUAUUA